GGAAGCAGCCCCGCGCCUCCGACGCGCUCCCUCGGCCAGCCCACCUGCUGCCCGGCCCGGGCGCGCCCGCACGCACGCCUGCCUGCCUGCCUGCGACGCGGCCCCGCUCCCGGCUGCCCGGAGCCCCGAGGCGGGCGGGAUGGCCGCCUCUCCCCGCGCCCUGCUGCCGCCGCUGCUGCUGCUGUGCCUCGGCCUGGGCUGCCGGAGCCUGCUGGCGGCGGGGCGGGAGCGCGCGGGCGGCCUGGGCAGAAGCAGCGGCGGGCCCGGCGGAGGCCGGAGCCGCGCGGCAGGUGGCGGCGACGCGGACCCCGCCGACGUGGUCUCGGCGCACAUGCGGCGCCUCUACGACAGCUACAGCCGGCGGCCCGACGAGGCGGCCGGCGCGCCCCAGCAGCUGCUCCACCUCCGCGAGGGCAACACGGUGCGCGGCUUCCGAGCGCUGCCGGCAGGGAUUCCCGGUAACAAAGAAGUGCACGUUUUCAAUCUGACCUCGCUCACAAAGUCCGAGAACAUCUUGUCAGCUCUGCUGCAUUAUUAUGUUGGGGACCUUCAGAACAGCAGCGUAAAUUGCCCUCGCCUCAAGGGCUGCUUUCAUCAUGGGCCCAGGAAACCUGAUGUGCAGAUCAACCUCUCGCUGUUGAGUUUUCCGUCAUCAGGAAACCAGAGUCGGACCUUGGGACGUUACUCAAUCAAUAUCUCCACUGCGUAUCGGGAUGUCCUUUCUUGGCAGUGGAAGAACAUCACCCAUGUCCUGAGCAAGGCAAAACAGAAUAAUGAACUACUCAUCGGAGUCAAAAUGGCCUCCCUCGGCCAUCACUCUUGGAAGAGGAUGCAUCCAACUUAUGAACCCUACAUCCUUGUCUAUGCAAAUGACUCCGCCAUUUCAGAACCGGAGAGUGUCGUUUCUAGCUUGCAAGGGCACUGGACUCCCCUGCCCGGAGGAUUCUCUAAAUUCGACAGCCAUUCCAAAGCUGGUCUGGGUGAACGGCGAGAAAAGCGCUCCACCGGCAUCCUCUUGCCUUUGCAGAACAACGAGCUUCCAGGUGCGGAGUAUCAAUACAGCGAGAAUGAAGGAUGGGAAGAAAGGAAGCACUACAAAACGCUCCAGCCGCGGCUGGCCGAGAGGACCAAGAACAAGAAAAAGCAGAGGAAAAACAAUAAUCAAAAAAGCCAGACGCUCCAGUUUGACGAGCAGACCCUCAAAAAGGCAAGGAGGAAGCAGUGGAAUGAGCCGCGCUAUUGUGCGCGGCGCUACCUCAAAGUGGACUUCGCAGAUAUUGGCUGGAAUGAAUGGAUUAUUUCUCCUAAAUCUUUCGAUGCCUAUUAUUGCUCAGGUGAAUGCCAGUUCCCUAUUCCAAAGGCCUUAAAGCCAUCCAACCAUGCCACCAUCCAAAGCAUAGUGAGAGCUGUGGGGGUCGUCUCCGGGAUUCCCGAGCCUUGCUGCGUCCCGGACAAGAUGUCGUCUCUCAGCAUCUUAUUCUUUGAUGAAAAUAAGAAUGUGGUACUCAAAGUUUAUCCCAACAUGACAGUGGAGUCUUGUGCGUGCAGAUAACAUUUUUCCUUAGCCCGCGGAGCCUUAUCUGCGUCCAUACUUCCAACCCUGCUCAUUGACUUUGCUUAAUGGUUCCUCCACACACACACACACACACACACACACAUUUUGCACUGCCAAUGCAUUUCAUUCUCCAAAGUUUUAUAAACAGUAUGAAUGAAUGGAAGAGCAGAAGGCAAGAAGGAACAGACCCACUUAAUUCCAGAACAUGGAAGGAUCCGACUGUAACUUUCUUACUGUGAGGAUAUGGAGGGGCGGGGAUGGGGUGAAAGACAACAGCAGCACAGGUAACAAACUGUUUGUGUUGCAAGAUAUUCAUGGUGGGAAACAAGACGUCUGCAGACAACUUGAUCGUGAUGAUUUGGAGGUUGGCUGGAGGAGCCUUUUUGGAGAAAGAUUUUCUAGACCGCCAAAAUCAUGAAGGCUUUGCCCAUUCUUCCAGAGACUCUCUUCCUAAUCCAAUCCUUUAAAAGAGUAAGAAAAUCAAGUUUGAGACAUUUCUUCUUGACGUAGAUCUGUGUUACACUGACAGUGGCAGUGAACCCCUGAAAUCACAUCCCUGUCUUCAGUGCAGCAGAACGAGGAGAGGCGGCAGAACCUGGUCUGUCAGGGGAUACCCACAGCCAGCUGCUUUGUGGUAAAGUUACUACAGCCACAACCCCCUUUAUUCUGGCAGUGGGCCAGGGGUCUCCAAUCUUUUUGAGCCUGUGGGCACCUUUGGAAUUCUGACAUGCAGCGGUGAGCACAACCACAAAAUGGCUGGUGCAGGAGGUAGAGCCAACCACAAAAUGGCUGCCACAGGAGGUGGAGCCAACCACAAAAUGGCUGCCACAGGAGGUGGAGCCAACCACAAAAUGUCAAGGAGUGAGAUUAUGCAUAACUUUAAAAGUAACUCCUCAGCAUUUCAGGCAGAAGCUCUGCUCAACAGGACACUUUUAAAAAUGAACACACAGUAGUGCAGUGAAAAUCCUUGUACUGUGGUGGCAGCUGUUCCUGAAGCAACUUUUUAGAAAUCUUCAGAGCCAACCAGACUUUCAGUGGCCAAUCAGAAGCCCUGCUGGGCAAAAGCCCCACUUGGCCCCCGUCCACUUUCUAAAAACAAUUGGUGAAUACCAGGAAAGGUGUUGCCAAGUGCCGUGGAGCACACAGCCACCACGUUGGGAACCCCAGCAGUAGGCCUUUGUUUAAACAUGACACUUGGUAAUUUUUUUUUAAUUCCACAUUAACCUGUGCAGGGUUCCAUAUGCACAGUAUCAUAUUUAAACUGCUUUGUUUUUAUCUGUAUACGGAAUAUUUACACUCCAGUACAAUCCCUGGCAUGUUAAUAUGGCAUGCCCGGGCACUGUAGUAUGCGGUAUCUAGACCAGCACCACAGUUUUAAAAGAAACCUCUCUGACGAAGAGUGUCAUGUCGUCCUGAGGAAUACUGGUAUGAAGAGAGCUUGUGCUGUCAAGUAACAGGGUGAUACAAGAUCCAUUUUGGCUUGCUAGUGGUCAAGUCCUGAAUCUUUUUGUAGCUUCCUUGAAUCAUUUGGAGUCAAGUUGUCUUACAUUGUGAGCUUUGUAUGAACCAUGGAAUGGAUAUAGAGCCCAGUGAAGUGAAUUUCCUUAGCCAUCACCAUCUCACGGUGCACAUGGAACACCAGGAAUCUCCAAAUGUGACGCGUUUCCUAGCACCCAUUUGUUGCUUCCCCAAAUUAAAUAGUCCUUGCUUCCCUCCACCUUGUUAGAGCAGAGAAAGUGCAUCAGAAGAACCUAGGAGAAGAACCCAGAAGACACCUUCAUGUCUGCAAGGAGCACCCAUUCAGUAGACUACUGUCUCCAUCGUAAGAGGAUGUUUUGACUUUCAGCCUUGCCAGUUUGUGAUUGGCCUCCAGCCCUAGAUGGAUACCAUCUUAUUGUAUCCAAGUCAUUCUCAAAAUUCCAAAAUGCCCAGAGGCUCAACGAGAUUGGAGACCCUUGCAGUAUACUCUCUACCUUUGAGGCUCAAUGGUCUAGCCAUGAGAUUGUCUUUACUUUGGAGAGCCAUCAGUUUAGCAGAAAUGAAGUCAUUAGCCCGUGAUCUCAUUCCCCCCACAAGUCUUGUCUGAGGAAUAGGGGACCAGUGGCCAAGUAUAACAGUAGCUUGGUUUCCCUACUUCUAGCCCAUUCCAAUGAAAAGGAGGACCGCCUGCAUUAGGCUAAGGGUGGUGGCAGUAGUGUCCGCCACCACACAUCCUUGCGCGUUGUAGAGCUUGGGUACCUUUCAAUGGCUAUGCAUCACACAGAAGAUCCUAAGUGCCUCCCCGUCUCUUAUAAUGAAGCCCGGUGAGCUGCUUUCUUGCAGCUAAAGCGCUGCAGAAUGGGACUUCGACACUUUAAUUUCCAGCUCACCGGAGAUAACGCAGCUUCAAAGGGCUGAAUCUUUUCUUAUUGAGAAGCUGGUACAUUCAUUAUUAAGCUAUCUCCUUCUCCAUGUAAAAAAAAAAAUUAAAAUAAGACUUUGUACAUUUUUUUUUACACUUAGGAAAUUAAUGCUUGUACAGUUGGCGUCAGUAAAGUAAAAAAGCCAAAGGAUAUUUGUAUAUGGAAAGAAGCUUUUAUUAAUGCCUUUAAUUUAUUUUAUGUCUGUUGCCUUCCUGUGUGUUCAUUUCCACCUUCUAGUAUUAUUAACACACACUGGUUUUCUACAUUAAUUUUUAGAGCUGCAAGUCUUCCCAACCAAACGUGCAUGUCACAGACACACUGGGAAGGAUAUUUUUUCACUACUGAUGUAUAAGCUUGCUUGUCUCAUGUCUGUGCCCCUCCUUCAAUAAUAGGAUUUUUUCCCCACUGCAAACUACUAUGUGCAAGAUUGUGUAAAAAAAGAAAGAAACCCACACUUUUCAUGCAAGGCUUAGUUUUCUUUCUUGAUUCCUGAUAACUAGAAAGAAUGUUUAUUCUAUGCAAGCUUGUUUGAAAUAGAAUAAAGUAAAAUACCAGCCUUUGUUUGCAAAGGGA